AUGAGUUUGAAAAAUACAUGGCUAUUUCCAAUUGCUUAUUGUGACGCUGCGGAACCUUGGCAAUUAGGAUUUCAAGACGCAGCAACACCUAUGAUGCAAGGAAUAAUUGACUUACAUCAUGAUAUUUUUUUCUUCCUAAUAAUUAUUUUGAUCUUUGUAUUAUGGAUGUUGGUUCGCGCUUUAUGGCAUUUUCAUUAUAAAAGAAAUCCAAUUCCGGAAAGGGUUGUUCAUGGAACUACUAUAGAGAUUAUUUGGACCAUUUUUCCUAGUAUUAUUCUGAUGUUUAUUGCUAUACCAUCUUUUGCUUUAUUAUAUUCAAUGGACGAGGUAGUAGAUCCAACAAUUACUAUCAAAGCUAUUGGACAUCAACGGUAUUGGACUUAUGAGUAUUCAGACUAUAACAGUUCUGAUGAACAGUCACUAACUUUUGAUAGUUAUAUGAUUCCAGAAGAUGACUUAGAAUUGGGUCAAUUACGCUUAUUAGAAGUAGACAAUCGAGUAGUGGUACCAGCAAAAACUCAUCUACGUAUGAUUAUAACAUCUGCUGAUGUACUUCAUAGCUGGGCCGUACCCUCCUUAGGUGUAAAAUGUGAUGCUGUACCUGGUCGUUUAAAUCAGACUUCCAUUUUUAUUAAACGAGAAGGAGUUUACUAUGGUCAGUGCAGUGAACUUUGUGGAACUAAUCAUGCGUUUAUGCGUGCGCCCGAAUAA